AUGGGAUCCGGCCGGUCCUCCAAGAAAGGCAAUGAAGCCUCUGCCCCACUUCCGGAUAGUGCUACCUAUCACGGCACGCAGCGACAAGAUUCUUUCGCAUCCGACUUUUCGUUUUCUCACGAGUGGGCAUACGAGUCUCCUAGACACAGCUCUUCUAGCUCUCAUUUUGAAAGGGCCACACCGACGCGUCAGGAUUCGUCCAGCUCAGCCAAAUCUUCCAAGUCGACGUCGUCGAACAAGAAUCGUCACACACAUUGCGGACGGCACUCAGAUCAAUGGCUUCUUGGUGGCUUCUCCAUGACAGGUGCAAUCAAGUCUGCCUGGAAGAAGGAAUAA